CAAAUGGGCGUUUUUAUUUCCACAUGAACAGCUCCUUACUGUUUACAGGAUAUGAACAAAAUGGCGUCUGACUACGAUGAACCGAUAUCCGAUCAAGAGAAGGUUCGCAUAGUGUCAGAUUUCAUCUUGUUAGCACCGCCUGGAGAGUUCAAUGAGGUUUUUAAUGAUGUUCGCACGCUUCUGAGCAAUGACACAUUAUUACGAGAAGGUGCUUCCAGUGCCUUUGCUCAGUACAACAAGGACCAGUUGACUCCAGUAGAUAUUGAAGGGUCGGACCACAAGGCACUUAUCACCCACUACAAUGACCUGGGCGAGGGUCGGUUCUACGACCCCCGUGCGAAACGGUCCUUCCGGUACGACCACCUACGGAAGGAGGCCAGUGAUUUCCAGCCGUUCACGGGUGCCGGACCUGGGGGUGACUCUGGACAGGGGGAGACAUGGAGAAGUGCCUUUGAGGAUGCCUGGUCCUACUAUGCUCGGGAUCACUACAGGCAUGGAGCAUCGGCCAUCUUCGACCAGAGUGAUGGACAGCAGAUCACUUUAGUCGCCUGUCUAGAGGACCACCAGUUCCAGUCGCAGAACUUCUGGAAUGGCCGUUGGAGAAGUAUAUGGACAGUAAAUUUCACCGUAGGAGCAUCUACUGCUGAUGUAAAAGGGUUGGUUAAAGUACAGGUUCACUACUAUGAAGAUGGCAAUGUUCAGCUGGUGAGCUCCAAAGAAAUAAAGUCAACUUUAGCAAUCACGAAUGAACAGCAGGCCGCAAAGGAAUUUGUGCAGAUAGUGGGAGAUGCAGAAAAUGAGUACCAGCAAGCCAUAUCCGAGAACUACCAGACUAUGUCUGAAACUACCUUCAAGGCUCUGAGGCGCCAGCUUCCACUCACGCGAACCAAAAUCGAUUGGACCAAGAUCCUAAACUACAAGAUUGGCUCGGAGCUGAAGCACCACUGAGUUCAUGUUCAGUUCCUUUCUUUGAUUUCUUUUUUUUGUUGUUGUGUUUGUCCACUUCAUUGCUGCCUUUUGCCCAGCGUUUGUUGAAUGGGUAUAUAAACAACAUCGCUUCUGUGAUUACAGCAGACUCUGCAAAACAAAUCAAUCUCGGCACAAUCCUUUUUGUGCUGCGGAUUCCAGCGCAAUUGUUUCAACCGAGCAAUGAACAGGGUGUGUGCUAAGUGGCUUUUCCACACUUAACUUGUAGUCCACCUAACUGGCGAGCUUCCGGUGGCGCACAUUACGGGUGCGAAAGCUGCAGGAAAAUCUUUAAAAAAUUAACGGAGCCAGAAAACAUCAGCUUCCGUGUGCUAAAAUAGGUCUCAGGAGAGUUGCAUUCAGGUACCACUAGGGGAGCUGUAGGUGCAGAAACUGAAACUAUGUCCCAUAUGGAUACUCAUCAGUAGUGCCCCUAGCAAUACCUGCACACGAUUCUCCUGAGACCACCAUAUUGACCACAUUCUAACGCGUGGAAGCCAUGUUUCCAUGGCUGUUUAUUUUUUAAAUUUCUUUUUCACGCUGAGUACAGCUUCCGCAAUUUUUCUUUAGCUUUAGCACGUAUAAAUGCGCCACCAGAAGUUCGGCAGUUACGUAGACAAUGGAUUAAGUGUGCAAAUAAUGCCACUCGGGUUCGUCUGCACACACCCUGUACAAUCGCCAGCAGGAUGACAGGCCUUGCCGCCAGGGUAUUACGCCUCCUGGAACGUGGAACAUUCCGAACCCACUCAACAGGGUGCUGUGCGUAACUACUACUGUUCGGCACCAAGUCGCUAAUGUGCUCCCCCUACUGUUCCAGUUGGCGCUUACAUGAAAUGCGCCAAUAGCUUCGAUAUGUUUAAUUUGUAAAUUUGUUUUUACGUUUCGUUUUUGUGCUUACGAAAGUGAAGAUGGCAAAAAGAAGAAAUGGAUAUGACAAGUUUUUUUAUUUAUUUCGUAAAUUUUUUUGUUGGUGGGGGGUGGAACUGGCGACGCUUCGAUUUUUUUCCCACGGGAGCGUCGCUCUUGUUGUGGUAACGAAUGAGGAAAACAAUUUUUAAAAAUUGUGUUGCGAAAGUGAUGAGAGAUGAAGGGUGGUAUUGUUACGGCGAGGAUUCAUGUUAAAUAAACUAAAGCAAUUUUU